AUGGCUUUCAUCCGCCCCUACAAGUCAUCCGACUUUGAUGCGACGGGUCAUAUCUGCCGCGCCACCCUACCACCGUCCCUCGAGCGCUCCGAAGCAGCGACUAGGACCGCGCCCUACUUAUGGACACAUCAAUACACUCAUCUGUCACCUGAGACUUGCCACAUUCUUGACGAUGGCGAGGGAAACUGCGUCGGCUACUGCAUUGGCUGCCCCAACGUGAACGACUUUGCGAGCGCGUACCCGCGGUACAUCAAGGAAGUCCUUGAGACGUCCAAGGAGCUGGACGGAAGGAAACCGAAGAGCCUCGAGACGAAGGCGCCAUGGAACUUUCCAGACACGGGCGAAGUGAAUGAGGAGGCUCUCCUGCAGCAGGCUUUUAACCCGACAUGGCUGGUGCUCGAUGAGGACAGGAAGGAGCUUUGGGGCAACUGGAAAGCUACGAUGCAUAUCGACCUAUUGGAGCCGUGGCAGGGCAAAGGCUGGGGAAGGAAGCUGAUUGACAAGUUCGUCGAGAGUCUGAAAGAGGCUGAUCAGCGCAACGGUGGCUCCAGUGGCAACAGGCUCUAUGGCAAGGGCGUGCAUAUUGGCGUCGGUGGUGAGAACGACAAGGUCGUGCCGUUCUAUGAGAAGUUGGGGUUCCAGGUGUAUCCUACAGAAGAGAAGGGGUCAAUCUGGAUGGUGAAGGACGUUGAGUAG